AUGGACGACCUUAAUGGCCUAGAUUGGUCUGCUGCCUCCAACACGAAACCAAAUAAAGUAUCACCUGGUACAGGAAAUUACUACCCCGCGUUACGUCCAACUCCAUCACCUGCGAACUCUGGACAGAAUACGCCUCUACCUGCUCAAGGUUCAGGAGCUCAAAAAUCCUUUGCGCCGCCUAAAUCUAAAGCUCCAGACAGCUUCGCGAACCUCGUUGCUUUUGGAUCUUCAAAAACGAACACGUUGACGUUACAACAACAGCAAGCGAAGCUACAAGAAGAGAAAAGGAGGAAGGAAGAAGAACAGCGGAGGCAAUAUGAUGCGCAAUUUGGGAAUACACAAUUUUGGGAUGGAUUGGGCGAUUCGGGAAAGGGCGUGGCCGGGCUAUCGCCAGUGCCAUCGCCAAUUCCUGUCAUGACGAGCCAACCUUCCAAAUCCCCAUUCGCGCAGGCUAUCUCUCCCCCUCCAGCUGGAAAUGUUACUGGCGAUUCCGGAGACGAUGAUCUUUUCGCGGCAUUCAACAAAGAUACCAAAGUAGACGCAUCAAGUCACUAUCCACCACCUUCUACCUCUUCAAGUCGUGCGCAUACUCCAGGGUUUAGCAUAACCAGUAUAUCCGAUUUAAGUAAACCACAGGCCUGGAAUCAGCCAAUAAGUGGUGUGGGUGCUUUUGAUGAUGAUGAUGAUGAUCCAUUUGGAUUGCGUCAGAUGAAGCCGCCAAACUCUGCGCCGGUACCGACAUCAAACACAUCGGACGACGACGAUUUCUUGGGAGAUUUGGGAAAGCCGGUAGAAGAAGUGAAAAGGCCCGCACCUGCAAUACCGGAACUACGCGCGGAAUCGAGCUCAGAUGAUGAAGAAUCUAAUGAUCCUUGGGAUAAGGCCGUCGCCGAACUUCUGGAUAUGGGAUUUACGGCAGAACAAUCCAGGCGUGCUUUAACUGAGAGUGGUUCUGGUCUAGAUAUACAGGCAGCUGUGGGAUGGAUAUUGAACGACGCACAUGCGCAAGCUAAGGCAAAAACACAAUCUAGGGAGCCUAAUCACCGUAAUGGUUCUGCGUCACACGGAGAAAGAAGGAACGUAUCAACGGAUGGACGAAAAGCGAAUCCAGCGUGGAUGCGAGAAGAAGGGAGGUCUCAAUCACAGCAACCUCGAAGAGAAGAUAAUCGUUCACCAAAUAACGAAAAUGACUUUUCUAAAACUGCCGCUGCUGUUGGAAGUAAUAUUUUCAAAACCGCAAAUUCUUUUUGGAAGACGUCCCAAAAGAAAAUUGAGAAAGCGGUUGCCGAAUUUCAAGCAGAUGCUGACCCAAGUCAACCGAAAUGGAUGAGGGAGGCGGCAGAAAGGGAGGCUAUAUCUGAACAACGUGCAAGACGGGUAAAGGCUGAGGCUGCUAAAGAUACCCCAGAUGUUACAGAUGAAGCUCUUGCAUUAGAAAUUGGAUCCAGGCCUCCACCAAGGAAAAUGAAAGCUUCUGAUUCGGGGGCUUCACGUGAUAAAUCUCCUAUAGCCUCGAGAUUUCCACCAGAGCGGCCUACAUCUAAUCCACGUUGGCAACAAUCACAACCAGAACGGCCUGGGUCUAAUCCAUGGCAACAAGCACAAUCCCAAAGCCGACCAACUCCACCUCCGGCAGCACAUAGUGUACGGGUGAAUAGACAAGCAGUAGAAGAAGAAAGUGCUCAGGCAUACGUUAGUUCUGCUCGACGAAAGAAGACUACCCCUCAACCCCAGCCUACGCGGGAGUCAGAACCAGAUCUUCUAUUCGGUUCAUCGUCAGCAACAAAGCCUGCAUCAAACCCGGUAGCUUCUAAACCGAGUCCAAAAACAACAACGUCGCCUAAGCCUACAACACCAGUUCCAUCCAAACCAAAAGCCCCUCCGCGUACAAUCCCUGUUAUUUCUCCUAUUGCUCUUAAGUCUUCAACGCAACAUCGCCUAGAAGGCAAAGCACAUUUCGAUCGUGGUGACUACUCUGCAGCUCACACAUCUUACACUUCUUCUCUUUCCCCUCUCCCUCAAAAUCAUCCAAUAAUCAUUCUCCUACUCGCAGAACGAUCUAUUAGCUCGGUCAAAACCGGCCAUCCACGUGAAGCCAUCGCGGAUUCUGAUCGUGCUAUUGAGAUCAUUGGAUCUUCUCGCGGUCAAGAUGAAAUAAUUGACUUAAGCACCGGUGCCGCAGAUGACCGUAAAUCCAUGAAAGAAUAUUGGGGAAAGGCUUUAACGAGUAAGGCCGAAGCAUUAGAAGCACUUGAGAAAUGGAAAGAUGCAAGCGAUGUUUGGAAAUUAUGUAUCGAAGGUGGUGUAGGUGGAGCCACGGCUAUCCAAGGUCGUCAACGUUGUGACAAGGCCCUUGCUCCUCGCCCAGCAUCACGUCCUGUUCAAAAGACUCGAUCAACACCAUCAGCUGCAGCAUCAUUAGCUCCAACCCCCGAUUCAGAUGCAGUUUUACGUUUACGUGCUGCAAAUCAAGCUGCUGAAAAGGCAGAUGAUGAGAAACUGGCUUUGGUGGAUAAGGUCGAGGCUCGAGUCAACAAAUGGAGGGAAGGAAAACGAGAUAAUCUCAGAGCCUUGAUUAGUAGUAUGGAGAAUGUACUUUGGGAGGGCAGCGGCUGGAAGAAAGUGGGCUUGCAUGAGUUGGUUAUUAAUUCUAAGGUUAAGAUUAACUACAUGAAGGCAAUCGGAAAGUGUCAUCCUGAUAAGUUACCACAAGAUGCAUCGCAAGAAGUGAGGAUGAUUGCAGCAAUGGUUUUCGCAACUUUGAAUGAGAGUUGGGAUAGUUUUAAGGCGCAGAAUGUGGAUAGAAAUUUAAAACUAUCAGAUCUAAUGAAACGCUUGAAGAACAUUCAAAGGAAGAAUGGAGAUUGGAUUCCAGGUUUCGGUGGCCAUUAA